AUGGGCACGGAGCCUGGGGGUGGGUCUGUGAAGAUGUCAGAAGGGGAAAAAACAAGGCAAUGGAAGCAAGAAGAGGAGCAGCAGCAGAAAGAGGAGCAGGAGGGUCUGAUCGAGUUCUACAGUUCCUACCAGGAGCUCUUCCAGUUUUUCUGCAGCAACACAACCAUCCACGGGGCCAUCCGCCUGGUGUGUUCCAAAAAGAAUAAGAUGAAGACAGCCUUCUGGUCCGUCCUCUUCUUUCUCACCUUCGGCUUAAUGUACUGGCAGUUUGGAAUCCUCUACAGAGAGUACUUCAGCUACCCUGUCAACCUCAACCUCAACCUCAAUUCCGACAGGCUGACUUUCCCAGCUGUGACUCUGUGUACCCUCAAUCCAUAUAGGUACAGUGCCAUCCGGAAGAAGCUAGAUGAGCUGGACCAAAUCACCCAUCAGACACUGCUAGACCUUUAUGACUACAACAUGUCUCUGUCACGGAGUGACUGGUCCGAGCCAGCCACGCAGAAGCGCAGCUCCAGGAGCCUGCUCCAUCACGUGCAGCGUCAUCCCCUGCGGAGGCAGAAGAGGGAUAACUUGGUCAACUUGCCAGAGAACAGCCCCUCAGUGGACAAGAAUGACUGGAAAAUUGGCUUUGUUCUGUGCAGUGAAAACAACAAGGACUGCUUCCACCAGGCGUACUCCUCAGGGGUGGAUGCUGUGCGGGAGUGGUACAGCUUCCACUAUAUCAAUAUCCUGGCACAGAUGCCUGAUGCCAAAGCCCUGGAUGAGUCUGACUUUGAGAAUUUCAUCUAUUCCUGCCGCUUCAAUGAAGCAAGCUGUGACAAGGCGAAUUACACCCACUUCCACCACCCCUUGUAUGGGAACUGCUAUACAUUUAAUGACAACAGCAGCAGCCUGUGGACAUCUUCACUGCCAGGGAUCAAUAAUGGGCUGUCUCUGGUGGUGCGCACUGAACAGAACGAUUUCAUCCCUCUGCUGUCCACGGUGACAGGAGCCAGGGUCAUGGUCCAUGAUCAGAACGAACCAGCAUUCAUGGAUGAUGGAGGCUUCAACGUUCGCCCGGGUAUUGAGACCUCCAUUAGCAUGAGAAAGGAGAUGACCAUGCGCCUGGGGGGCAGCUACAGCGACUGCACCGAGGAUGGCAGCGACGUGCCAGUGCAAAACCUCUACUCCUCCCGCUACACAGAGCAGGUCUGUAUUCGUUCCUGCUUUCAGCUCAACAUGGUAGAGCGCUGCGGCUGUGCUUAUUACUUCUACCCCUUACCUGCUGGAGCAGCGUACUGUGACUACACAAAGCAUAUAGCCUGGGGCUACUGCUAUUACAAACUCCUGGCUGAAUUCAAAGCUGACGUGCUGCGCUGUUUCCACAAAUGCAGGAAACCUUGCAAAAUGACGCAAUACCAGCUAUCAGCUGGGUACUCUCGCUGGCCUUCUGCUGUCUCAGAGGACUGGGUCUUUUAUGUGCUUUCACAACAGAACAAAUACAACAUCACAUCCAAGAGGAAUGGGGUUGCCAAAGUGAAUAUCUUUUUUGAGGAGUGGAACUACAAGACCAAUGGGGAGUCUCCAGCCUUCACGGUAGUGACUUUGCUGUCCCAGCUUGGGAACCAGUGGAGCCUGUGGUUUGGAUCUUCUGUGCUGUCUGUGAUGGAGCUGGCAGAACUGAUUCUGGAUUUCAUCGUCAUCACCUUCAUCUUGGCAUUGCGCUGGUUCCGUUCCCGACAGCAGCUCUCUGCACUGGGACCCCCGCAGGCCGGUCACGGUAAUGCCGCUUGCCACGCCGAGGCGCCGCCUGCCGGUGCCCCCCACCGCUUCACUGUGGAGGCUGUGGUGACCAUGCUGCCCUCCUACAACAGCCUGGAACCACGUGGGCCGAGCGGGGAUGGUGGGGUGGAACACGAGUGA